GGCAAAGUUGCAUUUAAUUUUGGAGGUUUUCCCCAGUUAAUGCUUGACGUUGGAUUUUAAUCGGCACAUCCGAUCUGCUCGAGGACCGCUGAAGCGCCAAAGGAGUUGCCGCCGUGCUGACACACUAGAUGGUGCCCACAGCAGCCACCGCGCAAACAGAGACAUCACCUCUCACGCCUCCCGGGUCGAUCCCGGACAGCCAAGAUGUCCCGUACACGAAAGUCGACUCCUCUCACGCCAUUGACAUCCCGGCAUCCCCACCGACUUUGAUGCAGAAGAUCCUUCCUGCACUCGGGUCUGCAUUCGUCGCGUCCGUGGCGUACCUGGACCCAGGGAACUUUGCGACGAACAUCCAGGCGGGGUCGAACUACAGCUUUACCUUGCUCUGGGUCAUCUUGUUGGCGAACGUGAUGGCGAUGCUGUUUCAGACUUUGUCGGCCAAGCUCGGGAUCGCGACAGGGAAGAAUUUGCCCGAGGUAAUCGCAGACCAGUUUCCACAAUGGGUCGUUUGGGUAAUGUGGAUUGCCGCGGAAGUGGCUGCGAUCGCGACGGACGUGGCCGAGUUCAUCGGGGCGGCGAUUGCGUUCAAGUUGCUUUUUUCGAUUUCGUUGGCGUGGGGCGCCGUCAUCACGGCCGGCAUGACUCUCGUGCUUCUGUACGUCCAUCAGCACCGUAUUCAAGCGUUCGAAGUUGUCAUUUUCAUGCUGGUGUCGGUGAUCGUCGUGAGCUACAUCAUGGAAACAGCGUUACAGCCAAGCAUUCCAUGGGCCGACGUCGCGUAUCACACGUUUGUGCCCGGUUUCGAAGGCAAGGAAAGUUUAGUUUUGGCCGUGGGCAUUGUCGGCGCAACGGUGAUGCCCCACGUGAUCUACUUGCACUCGGCGCUGACUCAGAGUCGCUUUGUCGUGUCGGAUGACGGCGAUGUCAUGUUCCCUCCCCUCCGCUACGAAGUUGUCGGGAUCGUGAUAGCCCUUGGCAUCGCCGGCCUCGUCAACAUGUCGAUGCUGAUCAUGGCGGCCGCGACGUUCAACACGUCAGGGUACACCGACGUGGACUCGAUUGAGAACGCGUACAGGACGUUGGAGCCGCUGCUUGGAAAGGCGGCGUCGUAUGUGUUCGCGAUCGGGUUGCUGGCCAGCGGCAUCUCGUCGUCCGCUGUCGGUACUCUCGCCGGCCAAGUCAUCAUGGCCGGGUUCCUCAACUUCCACGUAAACGUAUGGAUUCGCCGCGCCGUGACGCUCGUGCCGUCGAUGCUCAUCAUCGUUUCCGGUGCGGACCCGACCCAAGCGCUCGUGUUCAGCCAGGUUGUGUUGAGUUUCUGCAUCCCGUUCGCGCUUGUCCCACUCGCUCUGUUUGCCGGUCGAGAAGAUAUCAUGGGCAAGUGGAAAAGCUCGUGGUUCGUGCAACUUAUUACGGCCGCCCUCUGUACCUUCAUCGUCGGGCUCAACGUGUACCUCGUGCUCGCGUCCGUGUUUGACUGGUAAAGUCCCUCAUGCAGGACGGGUGGCCGAUACUGGCCCGGUGGCUGGCGGUACUGCUUUGCGGCCGACAUCCAUUGAGUGCUUGGGCCCUCCACGCCUUCCUCUUGUGCUUACUGCAAGCAAUCGGCGCGGGUGGCGCAAAGUAAUCGCCUUCGGUAGCAGUUCGGAAGCAAGACAAUUCAAUCUUGUAAUACUGGGUUUUUUUAUUCUUAGCACAGUAUCUGUAAUUAAUUUCCAAAAUUGUUUUGUCCUCAAGAAUAGAAGUA